GAAAUCCUAAGGAAAUGUGUGGGAUCAUCAUGCACUGUGUUUUCAAGAGGCUAAUACGAUAUUGACUACCUGCUUUCAAAACAAGACAGGUUUAUAGCGUCUGGUGACAAACACAACUGUGUUUAGAUAUAUUUAGAGUCGGCGCAGACAGCGGAAGCGACCGUUGUUAGGUCAAAAUGUCGAUUCAGUACGAGGUGGAACAGCUGCCUGACAGCUACGGGGUUUCGGACUCGUUCCCCAAAGAUUUCGGUUAUGGUGAAGAGGAGCCCGACAUCGAGGACAGCUCGUCUCCGUCAGACAGCAAGCCGAGGAUCCUGCUCAUGGGUUUGAGGCGGAGCGGCAAGUCAUCCAUACAGAAGGUGGUGUUCCACAAAAUGUCCCCCAAUGAGACAUUGUUUUUGGAGAGCACCAACAAGAUCUACAAGGAUGACAUCUCUAGCAGCUCCUUUGUCAACUUCCAGAUCUGGGACUUCCCUGGCCAGGUGGACUUUCUCGACCCCACCUUUGACUACGAGAUGAUCUUCAGAGGAACCGGAGCGCUGAUAUUUGUCAUUGAUGCUCAGGAUGAUUACAUGGAGGCUCUGGGACGGCUCCAUCUCACCGUGUCACGGGCCUACAGGGUCAAUCCAGAGAUCAACUUUGAGGUGUUUAUCCACAAAGUGGAUGGCCUUUCAGACGAUCACAAGAUUGAAACGCAGAGAGACAUCCAUCAGAGAGCCAACGAUGAUCUGGCGGACGCAAGUUUAGAGAAGCUGCAUCUUAGCUUCUAUUUGACAAGUAUUUAUGACCACUCCAUCUUUGAGGCCUUCAGUAAAGUGGUACAGAAGCUCAUCCCCCAGCUGCCCACCUUGGAGAACCUCUUAAAUAUCUUCAUUUCUAAUUCAGGGAUUGAAAAGGCCUUUCUUUUCGACGUGGUCAGUAAGAUCUACAUCGCCACAGACAGCUCGCCUGUAGAUAUGCAGUCCUACGAACUGUGCUGUGAUAUGAUCGAUGUGGUUAUUGAUGUCUCUUGUAUAUACGGUCUGAGGGAGGACGGCAGCGGCAGCGCCUAUGACAAGGAGUCCAUGGCGAUCAUCAAGCUCAACAACACAACUGUGCUUUACCUUAAAGAGGUCACAAAGUUCCUCGCUUUGGUCUGCAUCCUGAGAGAGGAGAGCUUCGAGCGUAAAGGAUUAAUAGACUACAACUUCCAUUGUUUCCGGAAAGCCAUCCACGAAGUAUUUGAGGUUGGAGUUUCCUCUCAGCGUCCUUUAGGCUCACAGGCGGUUGGCUCCCCCUGCAACAAGGCUGUUGCAUUGAAUGGCACGCCGCGCAACACCUUGUAAACACUGCUACUUCAAUAACAGAGAAUAGAUUAAAAACAUGAAAAAUGGAGGGAGGAAGAAGGAAAGAUGGGGUUUAUGUGGAGGAGAGACUACCAUUCUGGCGCUCCAGUCGCAUCCCCUAUCUCCCAGUACCUAAAGCAAUGAUGGAUGCCUUGAGGAAGGAAGCAACAGUGACACAUGGGGGGAGGCAUCUGCUUUAGGUGAAUGUAAAGCCCUAUGUUGGCUGUGUCGAAGUGGAGAAACCACACCUGGACUGGAACAGGUUCAGCAUUUUCCCUCUGAUUUCCUAAAACAGUCUUUGGCUGCAACACUGAGCUGCUGGUUGUUUUUACGCGGACGAUUCAAGGAGGAAGGAAAAUAACAACUCUGUCUGACCUCUGCUGGACAAAUUGUGACGUCCUGAUCCUGUGUAGUGACGAACCCGACCAUUUCUGUGCUGGAAAAAAAAAAACAAAAAGACUGUGGAUGUGAACUGCUAGUCCUAACCCACACACACACGUUCAGAGUUGGCCUUAGGUAGAUGGAGCUUGACGGCAGCACAAGCUUCCUCCUACCUCACUCCACACCGCCCCCUAACCUAAUGCUGCCCAAAACUCACUUUUUGGAUUCACUUGUGAAGGGAAACGGGUGUUGUGAACAGACUCAAAAGGGAUUGUGCUGUCCAUGUAUUAAUGUUGUUGUGAGAGAGUGGAUAUCUGUGUUUGGAUUUCAGUUAAAGGUUUUGAUUUAAUCCCCUUCUGGGCUUCUUGCAGUAAAGGAUCUUUUACUCAAAGUUUACAUCCUUCAUCUUGACAACAGCAGCUCAGCAUAAUUAAAAUUUUACUUUUUAUUUUGGAUUGUGAUGGCUAUAAAAAGAUGUUUGGCUUUUGUUUUAAAGCAUUGCCAAAAAAUGUGAGGAAUAACAGAUUAUUUAAAAAUACACCACAAUUGCAACAGAAAAGGAUUUUCAUAUUCUAAAAUAAACUGGUUAACACUUGCAUGUGUCUCAACCUGUAAUUUCGAAUACAUGCCCAGAUAUUUCUUUUCUUCAUAUUUUGUGUUUUAAUUCUAAUCACAAGGGUUCACAAGAACAAGUUCCCAUUCCAAGCAUGUGUUCAUUAGAGUGUUAUCUUGUAUUGUUCUCAGCCGUAACACUGCUCAUUGUAAUCAAAAGUUAAAAUAAAAAUGAUUUGAAAGAAUAAAAAGAUGCAUAUAUAUCUAGAGGAAGUAAUGAUCAAAGUUGAUUUUAAUAUCAUGCCCAUGCUUUCAUUUCUUCAUUUUUAUAAUUUAUAUGUCUGCCUAUAUAUAUAUGUAUAUAUAUAUAUAUAUAUAUAUGUAUGUUUUCAAUUGUUACAUUUAAAAAGAAAAAAGAUAUUUUGGCUUAAGAGACAUUGGCUAAAAUAACCUCCAUUAUUCCAGUAUUUGAUACUGAUUACUUUAAAAGAUUUGGAACCAACAGCUGCCUCCUUAUUACAGUCAAUAAGGGGGUGGUUACUUUUCCCACAUUGUGCCUUGUUCGUUUGGAUAGUAUUUCCCUGUGAGAAAUGAAAUAAUCCAUUAAAUAUGGUCUUUUGUGGUCAUUUUGGGUAUCUAAAAUAUGUGGGGCAGAAAAAAGGGGACAGGAGAGUUCACAGCAAUAUUUAAAAUAUACAUUUUGUAAGACAAAUGCAUUUCAUCUCAGAGCUUUAUGCACUUAAAAGUGAAACUGUUUGUUUUUUUUGUCAUAGAGGAAUAAUCAAAAAAAGAAGUUACACAAGUUUGAGUUUGUUGUGGAUUUUCUCUAAUCUACGUUUGGUCACAAUUAUACAUACAAGCUUGAAUAUUAUUGUAUUAGUGUAUUACUACACUAAUAUUUGAUAAAUGGUCCUUAGCAUGUUCCUGAGAAACCAUUGUGUUUCUUUAGCCUCUCUCCUUGGCAGAAUUGGUACAGUUUGAUUAAAUUUGUGUGAUUUAAUGUUUUAAUGAGCACCUGCUUGUCAGCAUUGUUUUACCAGCUGGAAGAUUUAGGUAGGACUCAUCUCAGAAGGUGAUACUUCAGACAGGCACAAGAUGGCGAUGCAGGACCGCUGAAAUACCUCCUUCUCAGUUUUUUUUUGUUUUUUUGUUCGUCCAAUGGGAUCCAGUUCAAGCAUCAGUUGCUGGACCUCUGGAAUUACUUAAGCAACUCAGUCAUAAGUUAUUGGACAUUUCCAGUAAUUUAGGAAGUAUCUAAAAUAACAGUCUGUGUUAUAAAUAUUCACUAUGGCAAUAAUAAAAAAUGCUAAAUUUA